AUUUGUGUUGUGGAUCUCGUUGGAAGUGGUGGAGAUAACUCUAAGAAACCUGGUGACCUCUUAAAGAGCAAAUAGUGAGAUUGUGCUGAAGAAAAAGUCCCGUGUUACGAAGAAAAUCACAAUGAACGGAUUUGUGAUAAUAAUUCUCGGGUUGACCUCAAUACUGGAUGGAAUUUCCGCUGGACGUUAUGUGCCAAAAUGGAAGAAGCAGGCAUGUGAGGUUCCACGAAAUGGGCACUACGUCUGCAAUGAUGAUGGUGAACUGAAAUGCCUUCCUGGAUAUACUGGAGACUUGUGUGAUGUUCCAAUUUGCCGUAAAGGAUGCGACCCAAUGCAGGGCUACUGCAAACGACCAGGUGAAUGUCGUUGCAAAUUGGGCUUCUAUGGACCAAAGUGCGACAAAUGCAUCCCUCUUCCGGGAUGCCAACAUGGUGGAUGCAAUACAACAUCCUUUGAGUGUGUCUGCAAAAAAGGAUGGGAUGGAUUGUUCUGCUCAGAACCAAUGUGCAAGGAAGGUUGUCACCAAACUAGAGGAUACUGUGAAUAUCCAGGAGAGUGCAGAUGCCGCCUAGGAUGGGCAGGACCAACAUGUCACAGUUGUCAAGUACUUCCUGGCUGUGUACAUGGGUCCUGCACGAAACCAUUGGAGUGCAAAUGCGAUACUGGCUACCGUGGAUUUCUCUGUCAAAGCCCAAUUUGUUCUCCGGAUUGCCACAAGACCCACGGAUUUUGUCAGAAACCUGGUGAGUGCAGAUGCAGAGUCGGUUGGUGGGGUAAGGAUUGCACAAAGUGCUUCCCCUAUCCUGGAUGCAAAAAUGGAACUUGUCGACGCCCAUGGGAAUGCAACUGCCUCCCAGGAUGGGGAGGAAUGCUCUGUGACGAAGCAUUGGACUUUUGCGACAAGAAUCCCUCAACAUGCACAAAUGGCGGGAAGUGUCUAUCUCUUACAAAGGACGAUGGUAGCUUCCGAUGUGAGUGUCCAAGUGGAUUCCGUGGAGAUCGCUGUGAAAUUGCACCAACUACAACAGAUUCACCGAAGAACACAACUCAAGCCGAAUCCACCGAAGCUAUGCAUUCAUCAACUGAACCCAUUGAUUCCAAUGAUUUUGACAAUGAAGCUUAGUUUUUAAUUAAUUUAAUCCAUUCUUAGUGUAUAGAGAACUAUUUAUUUUGCUGAUUUUUUGCAAAUUUUAGAAAUGUAUUUAAUAUUUAUUUAUAAAAAAAAACGAAGAAAAAAUUA